AUGCUGUUCACUGCGCUUUUGUUAACGAUUCUAAUAUAUAUAGUCGGAUGCACAACUUAUAUAACCUCAAAUAAUAAUGCCGAGCUGCCAGCCUAUUCAGAUCGUCCGCUCAGCCAACAAAUGGAAAUGAUUGACUUAUUGGAUUUGGGUGAUCGACCGAGACGACGGGCACAGCCCAAUAUAAAUAACGCAGCUUCAAAGUUUCUUCUGGAAGUCUACAAUGAGAUCAGCGAGGACCAGGAGCCCAAGGAGGUCCUGCAUCAACGACACAAACGCUCGCUAGAAGACGACAUUUUGAUUUCCGAGGAGGAUCGCCAAGAAAUUGCCAACUGCAAUUCCAUUCUGACUUUUUCCAGUCGAGUGAAACCACUGGCGCCGUUGGAAAACGAUCUGGAUCUCCACAUAACCUUCAAUACGAACGAUGUUCCAGCAGAUUUGUCUUUGGUUCAUGCCGCCUUAAGGAUAUACAAACAUCCCAGUUUGUUCGAGAGGAAAGAUAACUUCACGGUCUCUGUCUACAGAAGACUGGACAACCGCCAGGAUUUCUCCUACCGGAUACUGGGCUCAGUGAACACCACAUCUGACCACCGGGGUUGGUUGGAGUUCACUUUAACCGAAACCCUGCGAACGUGGCUGCUCAAGAAUGGACAACAAAGUUUAAGAAUCUCAAUUGGCGACUCUCAAAUGAGCGCCUUUGCGGCCGGACUGGCUAACCAGGCGACUCGCUCUAGCCUGGAGCCCUUCAUAGUGGGCUACUUCAAUGGGCCCGAACUCCUGGUAAAGAUUCAGAAACUUCGCUUUAAGAGGGAACUGCAGAAGCGUCGGAGUAACAGCCCAGUUCACCCACCACCGCCGCCCGUUGACUUGUACAAACCACCACAGGCCUGCGAACGUCUUAACUUUACGGUGGACUUCAAGGAGCUACAAAUGCACAACUGGGUAAUUGCUCCGAAAAAGUUCGAGGCUUACUUCUGUGGUGGCGGUUGCAAUUUUCCACUGGGCACGAAAAUGAAUGCCACAAACCAUGCGAUAGUCCAAACCCUGAUGCACCUCAAGCAGCCGCAUCUGCCCAAGCCCUGCUGUGUGCCCACGGUUUUGGGUGCCAUCACCAUUCUGAGGUACCUCAACGAGGACAUCAUCGUGACCAAAUAUCAGAAGUCAGUGGCUAAAGAGUGUGGAUGCCAUUAG